CAAGUGUACAAGAACCAGAUUAGGAAAUUCGUAAAAUAAUUGAAAUAACCCGGGAGAGAAAAUGGGAUAGACGGUGCUCAAGUAAAUAUGUAACGCAAAUGAGUCCAGUAUGUCAAAAAACACAGACAUCAGCAAGCCGGAAUCGCGGAAGUGGCUGAAACAGUGGCGGGCAGUAUACAUCACAAGACAGGCCCUUCUGCCCACUGUCAGUGAAGAGGCCACCCAGCUGCAUGAUGACAUUUUACAAAAAGCUCCGGUUCCAGCAUGCACCACGUGCUCGUCCAAAGAUGUACAAAAGAAAAAUGCAAGUUGCCGCUUGCAUACCGUUUUUCGAGAUGAGUUGGUCAAAGAACAUGCUUAUGGACAAGCAAAAGGCAUAGGUGCACUAACGUUGAAAAACACAAAAGCAGAAAACUGGGUUCACUCACCAUGGGAGAUCGCCAAGGUGUUUAUGCCACCAUCUGGAUACGAAAAUAAAACCACAAUUGAAGAUACAGAUUUCAAUGGCAUUGCUGCCUUCAUCAUUAACUGCCAGCGUUUCCAGAGAAAGAUCAGAGGCAGUAUCUGUGAGACGGCUCGAGAAGCGGUCAACCACAUUCGGCACAUGCCGGACAUUUCUUCAAGUGCCCUGACUGACAAAGCCACAAUCGAAUUCAUAGAUAACAUGUACGCUCUACUAAAUGAGCCGAUACUGCAGACUCGACCAGAGGCGGUACAGGCUAGGAAACAAUUGGACGAGCUGAAGACAGCUGACCCAUCCAAAGAUGAAAAUGCAUAUAAGUAUAUCUGCAAUGAGUUACAUGAUGCAUUCCAACAGAGACUUGCCGACAUUGAAAUGAAACUACAAACAAAAGAAACAGAUACAGAAAAGGCUAAAGAAGAUCUACAUACUCACAGUCAACAAGUAUUUGACGCUCUGAAACAAUUAUCUGACGAUGCAAUGCACGGGUUAUCAAGGAAGAAAGAUGACAUCACUCUGGCUAUUAAAGACGAGAGAAGAAAGCUAAUGGAUUUUAUGACAAAUUUGGAGCAGAAGGCUGCAGAACACAUUAAACAAUCAGUAACAGAUGGUAAAAGAACACUUGAGACAGAUUUUGAAGAAAAGAAAAGACAGGCUGCAGAACAUAUUGAACAAUCAGUAACAGAUGGUAAAAGAACACUUGAGACACAUGUUGAAGAAGAGAGAAGACAUGCAACAGAACACAUUGAACAAUCAGUAACAGAUGGUAAAAGAACACUUGAGACACAUGUUGGAGAAGAGAGAAGACAUGCAACAGAACACAUUGAACAAUCAGUAACAGAUGGUAAAAGAACACUUGAGACACAUGUUGAAGAAGAGAGAAGACAUGCAACAGAACACAUUGAACAAUCAGUAACAGAUGGUAAAAGAACACUUGAGACACAUGUUGAUGAAGAGAAAAGACAUGCAACAGAACACAUUGAACAAUCAGUAGCAGAUGGUAAAAGAACACUUGAGACACAUGUUGAUGAAGAGAGAAGACAUGCAACAGAACACAUUGAACAAUCUGUUACAGAUGGAAGAAGAACGCAUGAAGUUCAGACAGAAGCACUUGUGCAGCGGUUCCGUAAAGAAGAGGUCGAAAACAUACGGGAAAAGAAACUUAAGUUAAAGACACAGCUAAUCGAGCACUAUAAAAUAUCUUCAAGCCAGAUGACCGUUCGGCUUGACAUUGACGAAACCAUUGAAAAAAUAUACGAAAACCCCGAACUUGCCUUCAUUAUAAUCGAAAAUGGCAAUACAAAUGAGGUGGAUAUUCCUGAUGUUAGCCACUUAUUUUCGACAAGCGAUGACCCAAUGACUAAAAAGAUCAUCGUCGAGGGUAAGCCUGGAACAGGCAAAACCUCAUUGUGUAAAAAAAUAGUGCACGACUGGCUUAAAGCAAAUGAAAAAAAUGAGAAUGCAUCAAAUUUAUGUCAGUUUGAAUUCGUCUUCUACAUACUACUUCGCCACGUUAAAACUGAGAGUAAAGUUAAAGCAAUGAUAGUCGAACAUUUAAUAAUGAAGAUUGAUUCAGACUAUAAAGAUGCACACUCACUGCUUGGAGAAAUUUUAAAAACAGAGACCUGCCUACUACUGCUGGAUGGUUUGGACGAAUGGCGUGCAGAAAUGCCACAUGUUGAAACAAGUUGGAGAAACUGUACAGCAUUAAUCACAACACGACCGUACAAAUUGGCUGAACUAAAAGUGAGUACAACGCAGAUCGGUAAACAUGUAAAAUUAAGUGGAGUUCAGGAUCCUGAAAAACUUGUUUUGAAAGUCAUUCAGAAGUUAGAGGAGAUCCACAAACUAAAUAAAGACUCAGAAUCCUGCAUCCAGGAAUUAAAAGACAGAGACCUGUGGCAUUUUAGCGAAAAUCCCGUCCUACUCGUUCAUAUCGUGUGGCUCUGGCACAAAAAUAAGUUAAGAGAAAACAUGUCUUGUGCUACUCUUUACCAGGAAAUAGUUGAUGAAAGAUGGUAUGACAUGUGUGACAAAAAAAAACAGGAUAUAGAACCACACGAGUUAUAUUACGUAUUGAGCGAGAUAGCAUUUAACAAACUGUUUUCUGAAAACGAGGACGAAUCACUCGUGUUUCACAUUAAGGGGAAACAGCUCGAGAAAUUUAAGCAGUUCAAGGAGGCAUCGCUUGAAUCCGGUAUCAUGUCUGCCAGCAAUGUGCUUGGAGAACGCUUUCCUCAGUACCAAUUUCUUCACAAAACAUUCCAAGAAUACCUUGCAGCCGUUUUUCUGUCAAAACGCGGUUCAGAAUUGAACUCGCACUGCAAGCUUGUGAAAAACAUACACUCCAAUCAUAGGAACGAAAGUGUAUUUGCUUUAGAACAGAUAUUCUUUUUUCUUUGCGGCUUAAAUCCAGUAGCAGCCGAGGAGUUUUCGGAAACACUCAAUGAGUUGUUUACUGAAGAUUGUGAAAAGAUUGGUAAAAUGAAUGAAUACAUGUCAUUCCAGGACAUCAUUUUUAGAGGCUAUAAUGAGGCAGAGAAAAACGGACAUGCCAGGGCGAAGUUAUGCUUGCAGCACGUCAAGCUUGAUGAACAAAAUGCGCUUACAGAAAAUCAAAGGUCAAAGUUGAAACUGUGCUUGGAUGACAAAAAAUCAAGUCUCGUAUCAUUAUCAAUUAAUGGAAAAAACGACAUAUCGUCUUCCCUGCAGUUUAAAGACGAUCCAACUGUUUUAGAUUUACUGAGUUUCAAGAAUCUGAAAUUUGUUGUGCUAGAUGAUAUUCCAUUUGAAGAUAUCCGCCUAUUGAAUUUGAAUGGAUUACUUCAAUGCAAAAUACGAUUCAGCGACUUCAGACAAGCAAGUAAACUGAUAUCUUCAUUACAAUGCUCAGAUUUAACUGGUUUGAAAACGCUAGAACUGGAAAAUGUUGGCUUGGAUUGUGAAGCCAUGGACAUUUUGUCAAAACUAAAAUGUGUCGAAAUGCUAGGCCUCACAUGGAGCAAGUCGAGUCGACAAAAUGAUUCACAAGUUGACCCUGUGGACCUUAGACAUCUCGAAUACCUCAACUGCCUCAGAUUUAGUGAACUUCCUUUCUGUGACGUUGUGAAUCUACAAAUGCGUAAUAUGCAUCGAUUAAAUAUCAGGUUCAGGACACAACAACGAGCACCAAAGUUGAUGGCAGCAUUACUUCAAGGUUACUCACUCACAGAAAUCCCGAAUAGACCACACUUUAUCCUACGGAAGCUCAUGCUGGGGAACGUUCGUUUUUCAGCAGAAGCGUACAGGCGUCUUGUAAGUGUGGUGUUACAGUCGGGACAUUCUGUAGACUUUACGUUAAAUGAGUGUACAAUAGAGGAGGACAUAAAACAAGUGCAAGAGGAGAUGGCAGACCAGCUCGCCCCCCAGGUGAUGACUCCACAGGCCGCCUCAACUGACUAUAGAACACACAUUACAUUACGCAGUAUGGAAAUUUCAGCAAAAGUGUUCAGUUGUCUCGUUAGUGUGGUGUUACAGUCGGGACAUUCUGUAGACUUUACGUUAGAUGAGUGUACAAUAGAGGAGGACAUAAAACAAGUGCAAGAGGAGAUGGGAGACCAGCCCGCCCUCCUAAUGAUGACUCCACAGACCACCUCAGCUGACUAUAUAACAUACAUUACAUUACGCAGUAUGGAAAUUUCAGCAAAAGUGUUCAGUUGUCUCGUUAGUGUGGUGUUACAGUCGGGACAUUCUGUAGACUUUACGUUAGAUGAGUGUACAAUAGAGGAGGACAUAAAACAAGUGCAAGAUGAGAUGGGAGACCAGCCCGCCCUCCUAGUGAUGACUCCACAGGCCGCCUCAACUGACUAUAGAACACACAUUACAUUACGCAGUAUGGAAAUUUCAGCAAAAGUGUUCAGUUGUCUCGUUAGUGUGGUGUUACAGUCGGGACAUUCUGUAGACUUUACGUUAGAUGAGUGUACAAUAGAGGAGGACAUAAAUCAAGUGCAAGAUGAGAUGGGAGACCAGCCCGCCCUCCUAGUGAUGACUCCACAGACCACCUCAACCGACUAUAUAACACACAUUAUAUUACGCAGUAUGAACAUUUCAGCAAAAGUGUUCAGUUGUCUCGUUAGUGUGGUGUUACAGUCGGGACUUGAUAUAAUCUUUACGUUAAAUGGGUGUACAAUAGAGGAGGACAUAAAUCAAGUGCAAGAUGAGAUGGGAGACCAGCCCGCCCUCCUAGUGAUGACUCCACAGACCACCUCAGCUGACUAUAUAACACACAUUAUAUUACGCAGUAUGAACAUUUCAGCAAAAGUGUUCAGUUGUCUCGUUAGUGUGGUGUUACAGUCGGGACAUACUGUAUACUUUACGUUAGAUGAGUGUACAAUAGAGGAGGACAUAAAACAAGUGCAAGAGGAGAUGGGAGACCAGCCCGCCCUCCUAGUGAUGACUCCACAGGCCGCCUCAACUGACUAUAGAACACACAUUACAUUACGCAGUAUGGAAAUUUCAGCAAAAGUGUUCAGUUGUCUCGUUAGUGUGGUGUUACAGUCGGGACAUUCUGUAGACUUUACGUUAGAUGAGUGUACAAUAGAGGAGGACAUAAAUCAAGUGCAAGAUGAGAUGGGAAACCAGCCCACUCUCCAGGUGGUGGCCCCACACCCCGCCCCAACUGACUAUACAACAAACAUUAUAUUACGCAGUAUGGAAAUUUCAGCAAAAGUGUUCAGUUGUCUCGUUAGUGUGGUGUUACAGUCGGGACAUUCUGUAGGCUUUACGUUAGAUGAGUGUACAAUAGAGGAGGACAUAAAUCAAGUGCAAGAGGAGAUGGGAAACCAGCCCGCCCUCCUAGUGAUGACUCCACAGACCACCUCAGCUGACUAUAUAACAAACAUUAUAUUACGCAGUAUGGAAAUUUCAGCAAAAGUGUUCAGUUGUCUCGUUAGUGUGGUGUUACAGUCGGGACUUGAUAUAAUCUUUACGUUAUAUGGGUGUACAAUAGAGGAGGACAUAAAACAAUUGCAAGAGGAGAUGGGAGACCAGCCCGCCUUCCUAGUGAUGACUCCACAGACCACCUCAGCUGACUAUAUAACAUACAUUACAUUACGCAGUAUGGAAAUUUCAGCAAAAGUGUUCAGUUGUCUCGUUAGUGUGGUGUUACAGUCGGGACAUUCUGUAGACUUUACGUUAGAUGAGUGUACAAUAGAGGAGGACAUAAAACAAGUGCAAGAGGAGAUGGGAGACCAGCCCGCCCUCCUAGUGAUGACUCCACAGGCCGCCUCAACUGACUAUAUAACACACAUUACAUUACGCAGUAUGGAAAUUUCAGCAAAAGUGUUCAGUUGUCUCGUUAGUGUGGUGUUACAGUCGGGACAUUCUGUAGACUUUACGUUAGAUGAGUGUACAAUAGAGGAGGACAUAAAUCAAGUGCAAGAUGAGAUGGGAAACCAGCCCACUCUCCAGGUGGUGGCCCCACACCCCGCCUCAACUGACUAUAUAACACACAUUACAUUACGCAGUAUGGAAAUUUCAGCAAAAGUGUUCAGUUGUCUCGUUAGUGUGGUGUUACAGUCGGGACAUUCUGUAGGCUUUACGUUAGAUGAGUGUACAAUAGAGGAGGACAUAAAUCAAGUGCAAAAUGAGAUGGGAAACCAGCCCACUCUCCAGGUGGUGGCCCCACACCCCGCCCCAACUGACUAUACAACAAACAUUUCAUUAGAGAAUACGACAUUGUCAGCAGAAGUGGUCAGGCGUCUUGUAAGUGUGGUGUUACAGUCGGGACAUUCUGUCGGAUGUCAGUUAGAGUGUUGUACAAUAAAGUCGGACGAGGAGGUGAGAAGGCUUCAGGUGGAGAUGGAGAACCAGCCCGCCAUCCAAUUGAUUGAGUUUAGAAGGGGCGAAGAUGGCUUGUACAUUACGUACAUGAACAACGUUUAAAGGUCAUCAGUCGGCGCCAAGACAUUGUGUUUUGAUACGAAUAUAUUAUGCAUCGAUCUAUAUGGACAAUAUAGUAAUAUCUUGAUCAUCUUAUAGUGGUAAACAGGCGGCAGCGAACAAAAGAUGUUUGUUUCAGUGGUUAACUGGCAUCGGUGAAAAAUUGAUAUUAGUGUCAGUGGUUAACUGGCAUCAGCGAACAAUAGAUGUUUGUGUCAGUGAUAAACUGGCAUCGGUGAACAGUAUAUAUUUGUGUCAGUGUUUCACUGGCAUCAGUGAACAAUAGAUACUUGUGUAAGUGGUUAACUGGCAGCAACGAACAAAAGAUGUUUGUUUUAGUGGUUAACUGGCAUCGAUGAAAAAUUGUUAUUAGUGUCAAUGGUUAACUGGCAUCAGUGAACAAUAUAUACUUGUGUAAGUGGUUAACUGGCAUCAGUGACCAAUGAAUGUUUGUUGCAUUGGUUAACUGGCAUCGGUGAACAGUAUAUAUUUGUGUCAGUGUUUCACUGGCAUCAGUGAACAAUAGAUACUUGUGUAAGUGGUUAACUGGCAGCAACGAACAGUAGACACUUGUGUCAGUGGUAAACUGACAUUAGUGAACAAAAGGUGUUUCAUUCAGUGGUUAACUGGCAUUGGUGAACAAUAUAUGUGUGAUUUAGUUGUUAAAUGACAUGAUCUAAUAAAUGUGUGUUUGUUUCACUACUUAACCUGUAUCAGCGAUCAAUAAAUAUUUGUGUCACUGGUGUUUUAUGCUUAAAUUCCAACUUUAGUUUGCCUUUAUUUUCCAAACAUUUAACAAGUUGCAAACAAAGGCAAGAGUCGAAGAUUAUGUACUUCAGAACUAUAGUUGGGCAAUAAAAAUUAUAAACGUGUCAUCAGAUUUUUUUUGCUGUUCAUGACAUUGAACUUCAUAUAAUUGGUAAUAGGGCACGACGUUUGAGACGAUAUGAAUACAUGAGUAAGAUAUUUUAGAUACAUCCUUUUCAUCAUGUAUAGCUACUUCUACAAGGAUCUACUCUAACAAAUUUCCAUACUAGUUUUCUCUUUUGUAUUUGGCGUUUUUAUAAUAUUUUGUUCGAAAUUUUAGUAUGUAUGUAUGUUUUUUUUUUGUUUUAGGUUAUUUUUAUAAUGUUAAGUGUGAAUGAAAAAAGAUAGCAUGUAUACGUGAUAAAUUAUCUAAACGUUAGAUUUCGAAAAAAACACAGUUGUAUUUAGCUUGUUUUUGUACAUUUGUUACUGAUUAACGAAAUACAUGACCUUACGUUAGCAACAGUUCGUUAUUGUUUUGCUAAUAUAAUUUGUAUAUGUCGUUUAUUUAAGGCGCACUAUAUAAACAACGAAACAUUUAGAUAGCUUUGUUUAAUUUCAGAGAAAUGGUUAUUGCUUGGCUAAAUAUAAUCGAUACAUAUGUUGUAAAUAGUGUGACCGUUGAGAAUGUCGUCAUAGACGUAAAUUAUAAUGGAUGUUUAGAAAAAAAUCUAAUGUUGUAACUGGCGCGCAUGUUAUAAUUUCCGCAUGGACGUGGAUUAUCGUGGAUGUUAAGUAGUUUAUUUAUGUCAUGAAUGACUCACAAGUUGUAUGUAGACAUGGUCGUGGAUUAUCGUGGAUGUUACUUAGUUCUCCUUAAGGAAUGAAUUGCGGGGUUGAUGUCAUUAUCGGGGUAUGAACGCAAUUGGGCUGGUCUAAGUGUGUGGAGUCCGAAGGACUCCAUGCGUACUUUGACCAGCCCAAUUGCGAUCAUAUCCCCGAAAAUGGCAUCAACCCCGCAAUUCAUUCCUUAUAUUUACACCAAAAGUUCAUUAUUUUAUUCAAGAAACGUUAAAAAAAUACUUCAUCUCAUUUCGGAUUACUUUUCAGUAAUCCUUUCUUACCUAUUCUGUAAAAAGGACGACCCGACUGUUACCGGAAACAUUUUUUUUUCAAAUGACGUCACACUAAUGUGGGAAAAGAUCAACCAGUUGAAAUCACAUUUAAACGUAAAAUUGAAACUCUUUUGGCUGCAAAACGUUUAAAAUAUGGUAACUUAGCACUUUCUUAAAUGUUGUUUUAUAUUUUACGGGACCUGCUGACACGUUACAAACAAUAACGAGAUCAAUAAUUUUCAUGUAUAUUGUUAUGCGAUGAAUUGCGAUCCGAACAUAUCCGAAGAUGUUGCGUUCAUCGAUUUAUGAACGCAAUAGCCGAAAGGCAGUUUACUUAAGAACUGGAAGUUGAGGUGUAAAUAUUAUGUUUUGAAUGACGCCUACGCUGUUAGAAGGUAGGGUUGUUGAUUAUCGUGGAAGUUAAGUAGUUUAUCUAUGUUAUGAAUGACUCACAUGUUGUAUACAUGAUCGUGGAUUAUCGUGGAAGUUAAUUAUUUUAUCUAUGUCAUUAAUAACGCACAUGUUGUAUGUAGACAUGAUCUUGGAUUAUCGUGGAAGUUAAUUAGUUUAUCUAUGUUAUGAAUAACGCACAUGUUGUAUGUAUACAUGGUCUUGGAUUAUCGUGGAAGUUAAUUAUUUUAUCUAUAUCAUGAAUAACGCACAUGUUGUAUUUAUACAUGGUCUUGGAUUAUCGUGGAAGUUAAUUAUUUUAUCUAUAUCAUGAAUAACGCACAUGUUGUAUUUAUACAUGGUCUUGGAUUAUCGUGGAAGUUAAGUAGUUUAUCUAUGUUAUGAAUGACUCACAUGUUGUAUACAUGAUCGUGGAUUAUCGUGGAAGUUUAGUAUUUUAUCUAUGUUAUGAAUGACUCACAUGUUGUAUACAUGAUCGUGGAUUAUCGUGGAAGUUUAGUAGUUUAUCUAUGUUAUGAAUAACGCGAAUGUUUUAUGUAAGCAUGGUCGUGGAUUAUCGUGGAAGUUUAGUAUUUUAUCUAUGUUAUGAAUGACUCACAUGUUGUAUACAUGAUCGUGGAUUAUCGUGGAAGUUUAGUAUUUUAUCUAUGUUAUGAAUAACGCACAUGUUGUAUACAUGGUCUUGGAUUAUCGUGGAAGUUAAUUAUUUUAUCUAUAUCAUGAAUAACGCACAUGUUGUAUUUAUACAUGAUCGUGGAUUAUCGUGGAAGUUAAUUAUUUUAUCUAUGUUAUGAAUAACGCACAUGUUGUAUUAAUACAUGGUCUUGGAUUAUCGUGGAAGUUAAUUAUUUUAUCUAUGUCAUGAAUAACGCACAUGUUGUAUGUAUACAUGGUCUUGGAUUAUCGUGGAAGUUAAGUAGUUUAUCUAUGUCAUGAAUAACGCACAUGUUGUAUGUAGACAUGAUCGUGGAUUAUCGUGGAAGUUAAUUAUGUUAUCUAUGUUAUGAAUGACGCGUAUGCCGUAUGCAUGCAUGGUCGUGGAGUAUCGUGGAUCUUAUUCUGGUAGUUUAUCUAUGUUAUGAAUAACGCGAAUGUUUUAUGUAAGCAUGGUCGUGGAUACUCGUGAAUGUUAAGUGAGUUAUUUAUUUUCUGAAUGACGCGUAUGUUGUGUGUAGGCAUGGUCUUGGAUUAUUGUGGAUGUUAAGUAUUUUAUCUAUGUUAUGAAUGACGCACAUGUUGUAUGUAUACAUGUACUCUUGUCUGAUGGUUUGCUUGGAUAAUCGUGGAUAUUGCACGAUGAACAUUCGUAUAUCGUAGAUGUUGCGAGGUGUACAUUUGUUUUAAAUGACCUACAUGUUAGAGUAUUCUUUAGUUUUGUGGAAUAUAUGAUAUUUAUCCAUGUUAAAAGUGGCGAACAUGUCGCUAAAACAGUGUGUCAAAAUUUAACGGAUAACUGUUAUUAACACACAGACUUUUUCACAAAAAUAGGGGUGAAUAAAUGAAUUGAGUUUGUCAUCUGCAUGCUAAUGCUGUGUUAUUUAAUUGUGCCAUUGAAACGGGAUGAUCACUCAUUAUCUUAUUUGUAAACAGUACUGUAUUUCGGGGAUUUUGCAUAUUGUGAAAUAAACGAAUGAAGAGUAAGUUUAUACCUUUCAGUAUGCUGUAAACUAUAAAAAUAUAAGAUUAUUGCUGAAAGCUAUAAAUACGUACGCGUACACUUUUUUAUGUCUUAUAGCUUGUGACGUAAAGAAGCAUUUUUGCUUGUUCUUGGUAUAUUAUUUUUCGUUCCAGUACUAUAAAUUGUAUAUAACAUUUGAUUAUAUGUAGAUAACCAGUAUUCUAUUAGCUUAAUUAUGGUUGGUUUCAAUGUGUUUAUUUUAGGUGUUUCAUUAUGUUUCAUAGUUUAAAAUACAUAUAUCUGGAUAUUUAAUCGACAAACAUAUCUUGUUUUUAGAUUGAUGCUGUAUGUAUUUACCUUAAAUUGCAUUACCUUGAUAAGGCAAGGAUUUUCAUCGAUAGUCGUAAUCGUUUAUUUCGAAGUCUAAGGGACCUUGGGAAAAACUUUGAUAUAACGAACAUUCGAUAUAUACGAAACUUGAAAAAAAUGCACCGAACCCAACACAUAGCCCAAAUUCUGUAUUUGCUGAUAUUUACUGCAAAUAAAGAUACCAGAUCUCGAUAAAGCGAAUUUCGACUGUAUUGACCUUAAUGUACGUAUUUUCCUUCUGUAUGCAUGUACUGUGUUUAUUGAUGAGGAAGGUCUUGGUGUUUUAUUUUAUUAUUCAUUUAAAAAAAAACGAUAAUGAGGCCGAUUUUUGAAAAAGGGUCUAAAUUUUAAAACAUCAACAUUGAUACUGUUGAAAACAUAAUAGGUUUAAACGUUAUGAAAUAAAGUAUAUUUUUAGGCGUUCACAUUUUCCUGUUAAUAAAUUAUCAUUCUUAUAAUGGUUAUAUGCUUCAUGAUGAUGGAUUUGUUUUGGCAUUACCCACUAUUCUACUAGUUAUCAUUUUAAAUGUUGUUGCAUGGUAACUCAUGUGCAAAUAUUACCGCUUUUGAGUGUCAACUAGAGAAUGUGAAAUGAUAAACCAAAAUACAAUGUAAGUUGUUUAUAGAUCUUUUUUAUAGCAUGUUUGUUGUCAUUACUUGUUUUUACAAUUAAUAACUCUUCAAACACCUUAAGGUAUCAGAUUUUUUUUAAAUUUUGUUCUAUACUCAAAUACAAUGGUGUCACCAGAAUCCAAUAUUACAAAAAUACUCAAGUCAAAUCGCAAUCUCAACACAAUCUACCACAUAAAGCAAACUUAAGUAUGAUAAAAAAACUUGCAUUUUAAUACUUUUUGAAAACAUUUUUUCUCAUAUAAUGUUUUUAUAAAGCAUUUAAAGAAAACUAUUUCUAGAGCAAUAAAGUUUUCUCAAGUUCAUAUUUGCCCGAAGAAUAUUCUUCCCUUGGAAUCUUGACCAAUGGCGUAAUCAACAUAUACUAUGAUAUAAUGCACUUUUAUAAGGUGUAAAAACAUAAAUGAUUUUUAAUAAUCUUUGAUAAUAAUUGAUGCUAAGUAAUAAAAUAAGUUGAGACCGAGAUUGAGAUUUGACUUGAGUAUUUUCGUUAUUUUGUGCAAGGCAUUCACAAUUCACAUCAUUCUACAAAGGAUAUUUUAAGUACUGACAAUAUGUUUGAAAUGAUAAGUUGAUUGUUAAUGACCUGUACAUUAUACUGCAUCUUUAAAUAUUGUACCAUAUGGACAUUUUUGGAUGUAAAUGAUAUGCUUUGAAAUGGAAAUUUAGACCUUAAUACUUGAGUUAUAUAAUAAACUAGAAUAUAUAUGUAAGUUAUUGAAAAAGGAGAUACGUUUCCGAAAGUAGCAAAAUAUAAUGAUUAUAAUUUAUGCAAUGUUUGUAUGGUGUUAUCUUUUCUUUUUGAACGCAUGUCAAUGAAGGCAUGCGAGGUAUUAGUGUAUGCUAAAUGACUAUUAUUUUAAAUGUUUACGUAUUAAUUAAAGGUAUGAUUGAG